AUGUUUUUUUUGGGGCAAAAUUGUAAAGUCUAUGGAAAAAAGGGACUCAAAGUCACAAGUGUGAAGUGUAUCGCUCAUAGUUCUUGCACCGAUUCCACCGAGCUUUAUGCUCUAUAUAUCUUUAUGCUCGCAAUAGUCCCCAAAAUUUCACCCCCUUGCUUUCACAGUUAUAUAUCGUACUCAGAAAAAUCCCCGAUUUUCCCUCGCUCUAAAUUCGAAACCCUAGUUUCUGAUCGCCAAAUUCUGAUUUACUGCUAUUUCACCAUGAUUCCGUUGGCGCAAAGAUUCUCAACUGAAAUUCGGCUGUUGUUCGAGAGUUUGAACGAAUCCAAUUCCGACUCCGUUCUUCGCGAACUCUCUCAGUAUGUUGAUUAUGGAUUGGAGGGAAGCAUUCUGCUUCUGGAGACAUGCUUUGACCACUUCAAUGUUUAUGAAAGGGACUUGAAGAGUAGUCAUCUGGAACCUGUAGUUGCUUCACUUUUUAGAAAGUUACUUGAAAAGCCGCAGUUUAGUACCGUAUUCCAAGUGUCAGUUAGGCCUACAGCAAUCACUGAAGAAUUUUUGGAUAAUCUAUCCGUUGCACUACAGUUAUCUUCAUAUGAGAAACUUGGAUUUGGUCUUUCCUUGACAGAUUCGGAAAAUAAUGACAUCAGAAUAGCUGGAAGGAACUUUUGUACGCGACAGAUUGAGGAAUUAUGUGCUACCACCUCCUUGCAUAAUGCUGACUAUGUUCAAGACAUAUUGCUGUUUCUUAAUAAAUCUGAAGCACUUUCUAAACAUGUGGAUUCUUUUAUGCAAUUGUUGUCUUUGGUUCAGUUUGAUAAGGAUUCAGAGUUUAUCGUGUCACCUCUCCUUUCAGAUGAGCUACAAGAAUCCAAGUUUAUGAGGAAACUGGAUUUUCUCAAUGACGGAACUGACAGUGAAUUCGAAGCUAUCCUAGCAGAAAUGGAGAAGCAUAUGAACAUGGCUGACUUGAUGAAAGAAUUGGGCUAUAAUUCCACAUCAGAUGUAUCACUUUGCAAGGAUUUGUUAUCUUCAUUCUCACCCCUCAAUGAAAUCACUGUUGCUAUGAUACUAGGGACAAUAGUCCGCUCUGAUUCCAGUCUCCAGGACCAAGAAAAUGCAUUUUCAACAUUUUGUUCUGCUCUUGGUAGAGGGAGUCUUCCUGAUAUGUCCUCUUUGAGUUCUUGGAACACUGACGUCCUUAUAGAAUCAAUCAAGCAGCUUGCUCCUGGAAUCAACUGGACCACUGUAAUUGAGAACCUUGAUCACGAGGGUUUCUAUAUCCCAGAUGAGGCAGCAUUUUCACUAUUGAUUUCCUGCUAUAGACUUGCAUCCCAGGAUCCGUUUCCAUUAUCUGCUGUUUGUGGCAAUGUUUGGAAAAACACCGAGGGGCAGUUGUCUUUUUUGAAAUAUGCUGUUUCUGUCCCCCCUGAAGUAUUCACAUUUGCACACUGCGAAAGACAAGUGGCAUAUGUUGAUGCAGUCAAUACUCCCAAGUUUCAAUCUGGGUAUGCAAAUCAUGCAUGGUUAUGCCUUGAUCUUUUGGAGGUUUUAUGCCAGCUGGCUGAAAGAGGCCUUGCAAAGUCUGUACGAUUGCUGCUUGAAUACCCUCUUAAACAUUGCCCUGAAGUGUUAUUAUUUGGGAUGGCCCAUGUUAAUACGCCAUAUAAUGUCCUGCAAAAUGAAGUUUCUUUGGCUGUUCUUCCUGUGAUACUUAAAGACCCUUCUGUUGGUGGCAUUUUGCUCCAUCUUUGGCACGUUAACCGUCCCUUUUUCUUGAGAGCUUUAAGCGAUGCACUCAACAUGGAUCAAGAUAAUAUACACAGAGUCUUGGAUUUAUGCCAGGAGAUAAAGAUUAUAUCUCCUGUAUUGGAUAUGAUGCCUAUGUCUUUGGGUAUUAAGCUGGCUGCCCUGGCUUCUAGAAAAGAACUCAUAGAUCUGGAAAAGUGGUUGAGUGCAAAUUUAAGUACUUACAGGGAUACAUUCUUUGAGGAAUGCCUCAGAUUCCUGAAGGAGGUGGAGUUUGGUGUUCAGGAAUCUUCCAAUCGGUUGCAUAGCCCUGGUAACAUUUGGACUGUUUAUGCAGAGACAGCUUCUGUGUUCUUUAAGGUUCUUCAAUCGCAUACAGGCUUGCUUACUUCUAACCAACUUAUCAAAGAAAUGGAAAGGUUAUAUCUGAAGUCUCCAAACAACAGUUCAAGGAUGAAGAACAAUGGUGGUCAAGAGUCGUCAACAUCUGAAGUAUAUGGAGAUGAUGUAGAGGCAGAAGCCAAUUCUUAUUUCCAACAAAUGUUCUCUGGUCAGCUGACUAUUGAUGCAAUGAUCCAAAUGCUUGCCCGAUUUAAAGAAUCUUCUGAUAAAAGGGAACAACAAAUAUUUGAGUGCAUGAUUGCAAACUUGUUUGAAGAGUACAAGUUUUUCAACAGAUACCCUGAUAGACAACUUAAGCUUGCUGCUAUUGUCUUUGGAUUGCUUAUUAAGAAUCAACUUGUUACUCAUCUGACACUUGGGAUUGCAUUACGUGCUGUUUUGGAUGCAUUGCGCAAACCUGCAGAUUCCAAAAUGUUUGUUUUUGGUACAAAGGCUUUGGAGAAGUUUGUGGAUCGACUGAUUGAGUGGCCUCAAUACUGCCAACAUAUCUUGCAGAUAUCACAUCUGCGUGCUACUCAUUCAGAGCUUGUUGCUUUCAUCGAAAGGGCUCUUGCAAGAAUUUCAUCAGGCCACUUGGAUUCAGAUGCAGGACACAAUCCUGCUUCUGACCAACACCAUAAUUCUAUCCCACAACCAAACAUUGAGAUGGCGGGAUCAUCUUUCUCUUUGAUUGGAUCUAGUGGUGCACAACUUGGUUCUCAAAUGUCCUCUCCAAUACAACUUCAACAGAGGAAUCAGAGUUAUUUAGAAGAGAGACACAGAGCCUCUGUAACUUCAUCCAAUUAUAUGAAGCCAAACUUACCUACCACAGGACAAAUGUCAGUUGCUACAGCAAACGAUCCUGUUAGCAUCCAGAAGCCACCGAGUGUAGUUAGUUCUUCAGCAGCAUUGGCUUCCUCUCCUGCAUUUGUUCGUCCAUCUAGAUCUGUUACUUCAGCAAGGUUUGGUUCUGCAUUAAAUAUCGAAACACUCGUUGCUGCUGCUGAACGCAGAGAAACACCCAUAGAGGCCCCACCAUCAGAAACUCAAGACAAAAUCUCAUUUAUCAUCAAUAAUUUGUCAGCUGCCAAUAUUGAAGCUAAAGCAAAGGAAUUCACAGAAAUUUUGAAAGAACAGUACUAUCCUUGGUUUGCACAGUACAUGGUCAUGAAAAGAGCAAGUAUCGAACCAAAUUUUCAUGACUUGUACUUGAAGUUCCUUGAGAAAGCCAGCUCAAGACCUCUAACCAGAGAGAUUGUUCAAGCUACCUAUGAGAAUUGCAAGGUUCUGUUAGGAUCUGAACUCAUAAAAUCCAGUUCUGAAGAGCGUUCUUUGCUGAAGAAUCUUGGAGGCUGGUUAGGAAAGAUUACAAUUGGCAGAAACCAUGUUUUGCGUGCUAAAGAAAUCGAUCCAAAGGGUUUAAUUAUUGAGGCAUAUGAGAAGGGUUUGAUGAUUGCAGUGAUUCCAUUUACCUCCAAGAUCUUAGAGGCAUGCCAAAAUAGUCUAGCAUAUACACCUCCUAAUCCCUGGACCAUGGGAAUUCUUGGAUUACUUGCUGAAAUUUAUGCAAUGCCGAACCUCAAAAUGAAUCUCAAGUUUGAAAUUGAGGUUUUGUUCAAGAAUCUCAAUGUUGAUUUAAAGGAAGUAAGCCCAUCAUCCCUUCUUAUGGACAAAGUGAGAGAAGUUGAAGGAAACCCUGAUUUUUCCAACAAAGAUGUUGGGUCAACUCAACAACAACCAAUGGUUGGAGAAGUUAAAUCCAGCAUGAUUUCUACUCUGAAUCAAGUCGAUUUACCGGUUGAAGUUGCCAGCUCAUCACAUCCGGGUGGUCAUUCGCGUAUUCUAUCUCAGUAUGCUGCUCCUCUCCAUCUUCCUUCUGCAACUUUAAGUGAAGAUGAAAAGAUGGCAGCUUUAGGCUUGUCUGAUCAGCUUCCAUCUGCUCAAGGACUUCUACAAGCACAAUUGCCAUUUUCAGUUGGUCAGAUACCAGCAUCAAAUAUCGACCAACAAGUUAUUGUUAAUCCUAAGCUCCAAGCUCUGGGCUUGCAUAUGCACUUUCAGAGCGUGCUUCCAAUGUCUAUGGAUCGAGCUAUCAAAGAAAUAGUUUCCAGCAUUGUGCAGCGUAGUGUCUCUAUAGCAACUCAAACAACAAAGGAACUUGUCUUAAAGGACUAUGCUAUGGAGUCUGAUGAGAGCCGGAUACACAGUGCAGCUCAUUUAAUGGUUGCAAGUUUGGCUGGAAGUUUAGCCCAUGUGACAUGCAAGGAACCUCUUCGUGGUUCGAUAUCAAGUCAGCUGAGAAACAAUAUUGGGACUACUGUAAAUAUCACGAGUGAACUGCUUGAACAUGCAGUUCAGCUUGUUACUAAUGACAACCUCGACUUGGGAUGUGCUUUGAUUGAACAGGCUGCAACAGAAAAGGCUGUACAAACCAUAGAUGGUGAACUUGCACCACAACUUGCGAUAAGAAGGAAACAUAGAGAAGGGGUGGGCCCAGCCUUUUUUGAUGCAAACCUGUAUACACAAGGUCAUGUUGGUGUUCUUCCGGAAGCUUUGCGUCCUAAACCUGGUCGCUUAUCCCAUUCCCAACAGCGAGUUUAUGAGGAUUUUGUUCGACUACCAUGGCAAAAUCAGUCCAAUCAAAGCUCAAACACUGUACCUCUUGGUCCUUCUGCUCCACCUGGCAGUGGUGGAUCACUACAUCGUGGAUAUGGCUCAGCCUCAGGGAAUCUAAACCCUGGUAUCUUCUCAUCUAGUCUUGGAAACUCUGGUAUCAAUGCAGUUGCACACUCCUUGGAUUCAGAAGAUAUGGAGCCUAGUUCUGUAAAACUCCUCAGUGGUUCCUCGGGGCAUGCUGGGAUGGCUGGUGGAAUCGGUCCACAUAAUUUUGAGAAUGAUGCUGUUCUUUCUUCAUUUUCGUCAGUGUCAGCUCCUGAAUUGCACAUACCAGAUUCUUCCAACAUUUCCAAAGAAUCGGGAGUCUAUGCGCAGCCUUUACCUUCGCCUUCAGCUUCAGAUCGCGUCAUAAGUACCACUUCUGAACCUUCAUUGACUACUGGUGAUGCAUUGGAUAAAUACCAGAUUAUCUCAGAAAAGCUGGAAUCUCUCAUAGCAAAUGAUGCUAAAGAAGCUGAACUUCAGUCUGUUAUUGGCGAGGUUCCUGUGGUCAUUCUUAGAUGCAUUAGUCGUGAUGAGGCUGCAUUGGCUGUGGCUCAGAAGGUCUUCAAAGGCUUGUAUGAAAAUGCAGCGAAUACAGCUCAUGUUGGUGCUCAUCUUGCCAUGUUAGCUUCAAUCCGUGAUGCUAGCAAGCUUGUGGUGAAGGAACUGACUAGUUGGGUGAUAUAUUCAGAUGAAGAUAGGAAGUUCAACAAAGAUAUUACUAUUGGCUUAAUUCGCAGAGAGUUGCUGAACCUUGCUGAAUAUAAUGUUCAUAUGGCAAAGCUUCUUGAUGCUGGAAAGAACAAGGUGGCAACAGAGUUUGCAAUUUCUCUCAUCCAAACAUUGGUUGCUAAUGAUGCAAGAGUAAUAUCGGAACUUCAUAAUCUUGUGGAUGCAUUGGCGAAGCUUGCAACAAGGCCUGAUGCUCCUGAGGCGCUUCAACAACUUGUGGAAGUUGCCAGGAACCCAUCAGCUUCCUCCUCCUCUGGACUUCCUGCUGGGAAGGAUGAUUUUGUCAGACAGCAAAAAGACAAAAAGGUGGCUAGUCAUCUGGUAGCAGGCAGGGAUGACAUGAGUGCUUUGGAAUCUUCUGAACCCGAUCCCGCUGGUUUCCAUGAUCAGGUUUCCCUGUUAUUUGCUGAGUGGUAUCGGAUAUAUGAACACCCUAAUGAUCAGAUGUCUGCUCGGUUUGUUCUACAACUUCAGCAAAAUGGGUUGCUAAAAGCAGACGAUACAUCUGACCGCUUCUUUCGCCGUCUCUUGGAAAUUGCUGUAUCACACUGUAUAUCUUCUGAGGUGAUCAACUCUAGCCCUGUCCAAGCUCCUCAACAAGCACAGACCUUAUCUUUCCUUGCCAUUGAUAUGUACGCAUCACUCAUCUUUUCGAUACUCAAGUUCUCCUCUGUUGACCAUGGAGUAAGCAAGCUGUCUCUUCUGUCAAAGGUGUUAGCAGUGACUGUGAGAUUCAUUCAAAAGGAUGCAGAGGAGAAGAAAACAUCAUUCAAUCCCAGACCGUAUUUCAGGUUAUUCAUUGAUUGGCUGCUUGACCUUAGUACCCUUGAUCCGGUUUUUGAAGGUGCAAACUUUCAGGUUCUGACAGCUCUAGCAACCUCCUUCCAUGCCCUGCAGCCUCUCAAAGUUCCUGCAUUCAGCUUUGUAUGGCUUGAGCUAGUGAGUCACAGAAGCUUCAUGCCAAAACUACUGAGUGGAAACGCCCAAAAGGGUUGGCCAUAUUUCCAACGUUUACUGGUUGACUUGUUCCAGUUCAUGGAACCUUUCUUGAGGAAUGCUGAACUUGGCGAGCCGGUCCGUUUUCUAUACAAGGGCACACUGAGAGUUCUGUUGGUGUUGCUUCAUGAUUUCCCAGAGUUUCUCUGUGAUUAUCAUUUCAGUUUCUGUGAUAUCAUUCCCCCAAGUUGCAUUCAGAUGAGAAAUAUAGUACUCAGUGCUUUCCCUCGCAACAUGAGAUUACCAGACCCUUCAACUCCCAACUUAAAGAUUGAUCUGCUAGCUGAGAUCAGUCAGUCACCUCGCAUUCUCUCGGAAGUUGAUGCAGCUCUGAAAACCAAGCAAAUGAAAAAUGACGUGGAUGAGUACCUAAAGACAAGGCCACAAGGGACUUCAUUUCUGUCUGAACUAAAGCAGAAACUGCUUCUUUCACCAAGUGAGGCAGCAAGGGCAGGAACACGAUACAAUGUGCCAUUAAUGAAUUCCCUUGUUCUUUAUGUUGGGAUGCAGGCAAUCCAGCAGUUGCAGGCAAGAACGCCACACGGACAAUCCAUGGCGAGCAAUGCUUCGCUGGCGAUCUUCUUGGUGGGGGCCGCUUUGGACAUCUUUCAAACAUUGAUAUUGGAGCUGGAGACAGAAGGACGCUACCUCUUUUUGAAUGCAGUUGCAAAUCAGUUGAGAUAUCCCAACAACCAUACGCAUUACUUCUCCUUCAUCCUUCUCUACUUGUUCUCCGAGUCAAAUCAGGAGGCGAUCCAGGAACAGAUAACGAGAGUUCUGUUGGAGCGGUUGAUAGUUAACAGGCCACACCCUUGGGGGCUUCUAAUCACCUUCAUUGAGCUUAUCAAGAAUCCACGAUACAACUUUUGGAGCCGAUCAUUCACAAGGUGUGCACCAGAGAUUGAGAAGCUAUUUGAAUCGGUUUCGAGAUCGUGUGGUGGGCCGAAACCAGUGGAUGAUAAUGUGGUUGCUGGAGAUACCAUGCACUAGGAGAGGAGAUCUAUAUGUAAAUACUUAUGUUUACCCUUUUUUUGGGGGAGAAUAUUUACUAGUUUGUGUUCUUUUUUUUUUUUUUUAAUGGAAAACUUUGAUGUUGUGGUUAGAGCUGAAUGUAUGUAUGGUCCGAAUAUUGUCCC